UGGUGCCUCUCCUGGUAUCUGGGCUGAUGGUCUCGGUCUGCCCAUCCAUCACAGGGGCAUUCACAUCUGGCCCCUUGGUGACCUUUGAAAAUUGUGAGCCAGGUACGGGGGGAGGGAGGGGAGAUGCCUCGUGGAAUGAGGAGCAGUGGCAGAGCCGUGUGGCAUCUGGGCCAGCCCACAGGCCAUGCUGCAGUUGGUUUACCCUCUUCCUUCAGUCUCCAGGGCUGAAUCAUCAUGCCUUCUUCCCAGGGACCCCAGAAGUGGGUCUGCCUCCCUCCCACCCUCUACCUUCUGGGGCCUUCUCCCAGGGCUCCACUCCGGGCCCACUAGGGCCAUCUAGGAACCUCCCCGCCCCCUUCACCCCCACCCUACAUCUCUUUCUGGCAUGAUAGUGCCUGUCUUCCUACCAUUAGAGGGUUCAUUUCAGGGAGAUGUGGGUGCUAAGCACUUCCCGGGUUGCUGUCUCACAGGAGGGUAUAGAAGGGAAGACUCUUACUCAGGAUCUCAGGGAAUGUGAAUGGAACAGAAGUGGGAUCCCUCCUGAGUUCCUUCCACCAUAGAGUGGGCACCCAGCACCUUGUGUGUGGGGUGACCUCUUGGAGGGAGGCCAUCAGAUGCAGUGGCCAGUGAGAGGGUAAAUGGCCACCUCACGCUGAGAGGAUGUAGACUUUCCAGUACCUGGCCUGGCUGGGAGAUGGACUCUGGGCCCCCUGUGGGGAGAAAGGAGAUGUGGCAAGGGCCCUGUGGCCCCAGGGGCUGGUGUUGUGGAGGCUGCUCUAGGGGGGCCAGACUCAGUGCAGGGAGCUGGCUCUCCACCCUGCUGGUUCCUGCCCACAUCCUGCCCUCCUGGAGCUGAGAACAGCAGCCGCAUGGAGGGGCAGUGGGGGAGGGGGUACAACUGGAUGCCUGCCUGGUACUUUGAGCCCAGCCUGCACCAUGUUCCUGAAGUGGGGAGGCAAGAGGCACCUGUGGUCCAUGGCUGCUUACCUCCAGGCAGCCCAAGAAGACACCUGUCCUGCUCCAAUUGAUGGGGCUUUGUAGGUCCCAGGGCCCUGGGGUUCUGGGAGGCUUGUGCCCAGGUCUGGGCCACUCCAAACACCAGUCAUGGCAGAGCUAGUGGAGGGUGUGUGGUUGGGAGCAGAAGCUAAAGCUGCCUGUCUAGCUAUUUCUUCUUGUUGCCCUGUGCGCACUGACUGAGCUCCCAUUAGACAGAAGUCCAUACUUCUUUUCAGUCCACCUUCUGUGUCUCUCACCUGUAUCUCCUGCUGGGCUUUGUAAAGUUUCUGAGAUAAUUCUUCAGGGCUGAUCAUUCCUCAGAUUCCCAGUUGUCCCUUCAAUUGUGUGCACGCCUGAAGCGCAUUGUGUUGACUGUGUUCUCUUUCUCGUUCCCUUGACUUUUCAUUUCGGGGACUCUAUAUUCUUUCUUGCUCUUAUUCAUUCAGCUGUUCUUGUUCCAUUUCUACCAGACAAGCCAUAAGUUCUCUUUCUUGUUUAUGGUGCUAUUCCUUUUUUCAUCUCUUUGAAGAUCCUAAUGUCUUUGAAAAGCAUUAUUAGAUUAUGACCUUCAUCAUUCAUAUGAAUCUCCAUAUUUUGGGUGCUGCUGCUUUAUCUUUCUUAGCUUGAGUUUUUCUCCUGUGCUUUGAAAUGGUGGCUUACAGGGUCAUCUUAAGUGGGAACAGAGGCCCUGGAGACAGGGAGUGACCUGCACACUAGGGCAGCAGCUGGCUCUCAGCAGUCUCCUGGGACAGCUCCUCCUUCAAAGUCCCCUGCUAUCAGCUCGGAACCUUGCUAAGGCCAGGCUCAGCGGCAUGUGGCACAGAGCUCCCUGUCCCCUACCUGGCAGCUGGGAUGCUGCGCGGCACAGAGUAGGCAUUUGUAUAACAUUUGCUAUGAGAAAGCAGUGGAAGAGUCUCAGGCCAGGAUUCCAGGCCCUGGAAUGGGCCAAGCAUGGUUAUGCGAGGUCUGAGUCCCUACACAGCGCUUGCUUUGUUGCUUUUAGCGGCACCCAGAGGCAGAGGUGCAGGGUCCUGCCUGGAAGGCUGGCUCUGGGCGGGGGAGCCACCAUCUGGGCAUGUGUACAGAAAGCCUCGCUAGUCUGACUUACAAGGAGCCAGAAGUGGGCCAGGAAGUAUGUGGGUUUUGAUUAAGUGGAGUUUUAAUUAAAGUGGCCAGGUCGGUGGGGUUAAGGAGGAAGACCAGAAGCAGCAGCAGUUUUGAGUCUGACUGCUGGGAAUGCUAUGGGGCUGUCCUUUCAAGGCUUAUGCACGUUUCCCAACAUGUGUCUCUAGUUUGUAUGGGACAGCUUCUGCCCUUUGCCCUGUCCCCAACAAGGGAUAAUCACAGGGAAAUAUUACAUUAUUAACAUUUAAUUUCCCCUCCUGGCUAGCAACAGAUGACUCAAGAAUUAAUUAGAUAGAGCCAGCAGAGAGGGAUAGGAAAUUGCCAGAGCCUGGCUCCGCCCCUGGCCCCCUCCCCUUGGGCCUCCAACCUUCCUGUCGCUCUCAGAGGCCUCUGAAGGGAGGGAAGCAGAGAGGGGUCUCCUGGCAAGAAAUCUUCCUGCUGCUGUGUUUUCUAGGGGCAUUUCCCUCAGCUCUAUUUUACCCUUUUAUGCUCUUGGUAUCAGUAAGGCUGGGAGAGAUCCUUAACCUCUUUGGGACUUAGCUUCCUCAUCUGCAAAAUGGAGCUCAUGGGGCCAGUGAGAACAUAGAUGACCACAGUGCCCCCAUGCCCUCACACCAUGAGCUCCCAAGCAGGCUGCAUGAGCUGAGGGUCUGGCGUAGAGUCCCAGCAUCCAGGGAGAGCACAGGGUGUGGUGGCUUGGUGGUGGCCGGAACCCAGUGGCACAGCUGUCUCGAGCUGUGUGUUAAUUCCCAUUUCCUGUCAGUGAUACAUACAUUAGUAGCUUGAAAUUGCCCGUGCUGGGAGCAUUUAUACGUGAAUGUCUGGUAAGGCCACAAGUCAGGGUGCCCCCACCUCCCAGACUGAUUUGCCCACCUAUGGCUGGGAAGCUCCCAACCUUCCCACAGAGCAGCUCAGUGAGGGUUGAGAGCAGCAGCUAAGCUGCCUGGGGCCAGCACUCUGGUUUGACAGAUGCCCAGGUUUUCUUUGGGGCCAGGCUGGUCUCACCCCAGAAUGUUCUGGCGGCAGCUAGAAGAGCCUGCAGGAAUACUGUAGGAAGGUCAGACGGGGAACCAGAUGUGCAAGGCGGCAGCCUUUUAGGACUCAGAGGCAUUAGUGUGUCUUUAGCCCCUCGCAGGCUGAUGUGGCAGUAGGACAUGGGGCAGGAGGAUCGGUGACCACUGAGAUCCCUUGCAUCUAGGGAGAUUGGGAGGGUGCCCAGGCAUGGUGGAUGGUAGAAAGGUAGCUUCGGUUUAGUCAGGAAGAGUAUUGGUACCAGGUGAUGUUCAAUGUGAGAGUCCGUAGCACAGAGGGUGGUCGGGAAACCCUGAGGACUGGGCGUCUGCAGGCAGGUGCCUGGGGCUGCCCAGAGAGCCUCACCAAACAGAGGGCUGGGGUAGGCCUCUUGAAGGCCCUUCCAUUCCAGGCAUCCUGGCUCAUGGAGGUGACCCCAUCAGUAGGGCUCGGGGCAUCUGGGUAGGACAGCCCCGCUCCACAGAAAUGUGGUACGUAUUUGGGUCAGGCGGAUCGUUGGUAGUUCUACCUUGACUUCCCCCAGGCCAGGUGCCCUCUGAAUCUGGACAAUGGUCUGGGGCCAAGGCAGGCUUCUAGGCUAUUGACAGAGGCUGUAGUGCCUCUCAAUCCAAAUUUCCCUGGAGAGGCUGAAGUUUGGGUAAGAAGGAGGUGGCAGGUGAUGGUUAGGGGGCUAGGAGGGCAGGAGGCUCACUGAUAGGGGGAGGCAGGGUCUCCCGAGGCUUCCUUGGCCUGGACAGUAGCCUGCUGCUAGUGCUGGGCCUGGGAGGCCCCUCGGCGGGAAGUAGUUCGGGCCCUGUCACUUCCCUUCUGGAGAAUAAAAACAAGACCCUAGACACACGGCUUCUGCAGCUUGGGGUUGGGGGUGAGGGGUGAAUGCUGUCUUGGACUAUAGGCCAGGAGCACAAGGGGACACGGUCUGGUCCUCCUCUGCUAGUGACAUGCUUCGUGAGCAGCUGACUGGCAAAUACCCGUGUGCAGAAUGGUUGAGUUUCUGCCUAGUCCCUUGGUGGUGGCCCCUGCCAGGCCUGAGAGAAGCCCCUGGGCUGGCCGCGGGCUCCAGGAACCCCUCCAUUUUUCAAGGAUUUUGCCUUUUUCUCUGUCCUGCCUCCUGGUGUUGGGCGCUCCAGUGGGGCCUGCUAGUGGGCUGGGGAAGGCCCCUGGGAAGUAGUUGCAGCUGCCCGAGGCACACUGGAGUUAGAAGGAAGGAAGCUUGGUGUCCAUCUCCUGCAGCCUGGCAAUAGAUGGCCAGGGAUCACGAGUGACCUUCUCUCAAGGUUACCAGCCCUGAUCUAUCCCUUGUGUCCUGGAGGAGGUGAGGGCCGAUGCAGUUUCCUGAGCCCAAGUGUGGGAAGCGGAAAGGCAGCUUUGGGCAGCUGCUGCCCAUGUGCACCUGGGGCCCCGUGAGGGCCCAGGCCUGGAGCGGGGGGUGGAUUUGGCGUGAGGGGACGCCGCUGGGCAGCACGUGUGAGUGUGACAAGAGCCAUGGGAGGGGCCCCCAGGCUGGUAGGGCAUGUGGAGACCAUUUCACAAGCUCAAGGGUGAACACGAGAGAUUUGGGCUGGGGGAGAUCAAGGCCUCUGCUUCUGCUUGUGCUUCGGGGGGGGCGGUCAGCAAUUCCUCACAUCUCUAUGACAUUUUCACUCUGGGGAGCUCUUUAAGAUCUGUUUAUUUCCUUCUCAUAGAAUCAUGAGUGAGAGCUGAAAUGAUCCCCAGAGGCUAUCUGGGGUCCAAUUGCCUCACUGUAUCAAUGAGGAAACUGAGGCUAGAAAAGAAAAAAACAUCCUUGCCUGCAGCUCCCCGGGAAGUCGUGGCUGAGCACCCUGCUUUCUGCACAGCACCACACUGAAUUCAGUCUGUCCUGGCACCAGCCAGGCAGAGGAGCAGGUGCCUCAGGGACUGUGAAGCCGAGCUGAGCCAAGAUGCUGCCGGAGCCCCUGAAGAGGGCCUGGUUUCCGGAGACUCAGAGUUGGCUCUGAAACAGCCCUUGGGGAGCCCCCCUCCCCAUUGCCAGUAAGGACGCUCUUGGCUCCUGUGAAGAAGGGGCUCAGGGGCCUGGGCAGGGCCAGCUGCACUGCAGCUAUGGACCGUGAGCUGGCCUGGCCCGCGUCCUUGCUGACCCUGCCUGUCUGCGGCCAUUCCACCAUGGGCUCCUGGGUGUACAUCAUGGUGGAGCUGGCAAUUGCUGUGCUGGCCAUCCUGGGCAAUGUGCUGGUGUGCUGGGCUGUGUGGCUGAACAGCAACCUGCAGAACGUCACCAACUUCUUUGUGGUGUCGCUGGCAGCAGCCGACAUUGCUGUGGGAGUCCUCGCCAUCCCCUUCGCCAUCACCAUCAGCAUAGGGUUCUGUGCUGCCUGCCACAAUUGCCUCUUCUUCGCCUGCUUUGUCCUGGUCCUCACACAGAGCUCCAUCUUCAGUCUCCUGGCCAUCGCCAUUGACCGCUACAUCGCCAUCCGCAUCCCACUCCGGUACAAUGGCUUGGUGACUGGCACAAGGGCCAAAGGCAUCAUUGCGGUCUGCUGGGUGCUGUCGUUUGCCAUUGGCUUGACCCCCAUGCUGGGCUGGAACAACUGCAGCCAGCCGAAGGAGGGCAGAAAUGACUCACAGAGCUGCGGGGAGGGCCAGGUGGCCUGUCUCUUUGAGGAUGUGGUCCCCAUGAACUACAUGGUGUACUACAACUUCUUUGCCUGUGUCCUGGUGCCCCUGCUGCUCAUGCUGGGCGUCUACUUGCGGAUCUUCCUGGCGGCUCGGCGACAGCUGAAGCAGAUGGAGAGCCACCCUCUGCCCGGGGAGCGGGCUCGGUCUACGCUGCAGAAGGAGGUCCAUGCUGCCAAGUCGCUGGCCAUCAUCGUGGGGCUCUUUGCCCUCUGCUGGCUUCCCCUGCACAUCAUCAACUGCUUUACCUUCUUCUGCCCAGAGUGUCCCCAUGCCCCACCCUGGCUCAUGUACCUGACCAUCAUCCUCUCCCACACCAAUUCCGUCGUGAAUCCCUUCAUCUACGCUUACCGCAUCCGUGAGUUCCGCCAGACCUUCCGCAAGAUCAUUCGCAGCCAUGUCCUGAGGCGGCGGGAGCCCUUCAAGGCAGGCGGCACCAGUGCCCGGGCCUUGGCAACUCAUGGCAGUGAUGGAGAGCAGAUCAGCCUCCGCCUCAACGGCCAUCCUCCUGGGGUGUGGGCCAAUGGCAGCGCCCCCCAUCCCGAGCGGCGGCCCAAUGGCUACGCCCUGGGGCUGGUGAGUGGAGGGAGUGCCCCCGAGUCCCACGGGGACAUGGGCCUCCCAGAUGUGGAGCUCCUCAGCCAUGAGCUCAAGGGAGCAUGCCCAGAGUCCCCUGGGCUUGAGGGACCCCUGGCCCAGGAUGGAGCAGGAGUGUCCUGAUGAUCCACUCAGUUUGCCCUUUCCUCCAGGAAGGAAAUCUUUCUCUUUGGUGGAUGGAACCCGUCACAUUGGGAGAAGAGUGAACGUGCCCACAGACCCUCCUCGUGGCCAGUUCCCACUUUGGACUGAGAGGAGAGAGCCCUGGCUGGCGCAGCAUGAGGCCCAGCAGGAAGGGUCUGGAGUCCGAGGAAGUGGACAUUUCAUGCUGGGGGGCCUCCAUGAGGUCAGGGCCACAGCGUCAGAGAAUCUUGGCUGGGCAGGGCCCGGUCCCCCACUCUGGAAGCAUCUAGAAGUACCACUCUGACUUCACAGAGCAGCUGUGGCAGAGCAGGCUGGCUAGCCCUGAGGCUGGGGGGUGGCUCUGACAGACCCCUACCACACACACACACACCACCCUCUCCAGACUCUCUCCCUCCAAGGGUUCGGGAGCUGCUGUGCCCAGAGGUGGUGUGUUUUUAUUUUUGUUUUUUCCAGGAGAAAAUGUUAAACAUGAAGAAAUUCUUUUUUUUUUUUUUAACUUAUCUUCCUUCCCUGGUUGCUGGGUCUGUUGUCGGUCUUGCUGCUAACCUGGCGUCAGGAGUCAGCCCAGGGGGUCCCAGGCAGCCCUGACUGGCUGCCGUGAGCUGCCAUGCACUUCUGACCCCAUCAGUCCCAGGCCAUUUCUUAGGGCCACCGAGCUGGGCUCAAGGACAGGGAGUGGUAAUGGAGUGGUGUCCGACUGUGGGCUUGGGGGGGCGGGACUGGCCCACCACGGGGUGUGCCUGAGGAGCUCAGAGCUGCCCAGUUAGAGGCCCUAUCUAACUGCCUUUCCUUCUGAGGGGAAUGUUUUUUUCUGAGAUAAAAUAAAAAUGAGCCAUGUUGUGUUUUAAGCUUGUCCAAUGA